AUGGAACACCUACGAGGAGCCUCCUGGAACCACCCGGAAUUUGAUCUGGUCGAUGUCGUCCCUAAGUUGAAGGGUGAAAUCAAUUUCUCAGUCUGGAAGAUCAACCUUCUGCAGGCCCUCGGCGCUAUCAACAGUGGCUAUCCAGUGCUUCUUGACAGCACAGACACCUAUCCUGUCGCGCCUGUCUACGCUGAUAGUUCUAUAUCUACUAUUCGCGAAACCCUUGCUUUCAAGCGACAAGUGAAACCGAAUGAGAUCUCUGCUACACUUAUCAACGAGAAGCUCAAGGAGGUGUAG